AUGGACUCUGCCGAGCCGGAACAGACUGCCUUCUCGUCGGUCACAGCCCACACCUCGAAGCUGCAAAGACAAUACCAGGCGCUUCUCGAUCAGUCAACCCCUUUCGUGCUUUACAGAUGGAUCGCCACGGGCGUCUGCCUCCUGGGCUUCUUCGCUCGCAUCUUCGUGGCGCAAGGCUGGUACAUUGUCGCCUACGCUCUCGGAAUCUACCUGCUCAACUUGUUCCUGGCCUUCUUGCAACCCAAGUUUGACCCGUCCAACGAGGCCAUGGACACUGAGAUGGAGGACGGCGGUGUCGGCAUUCUCCCCACCAAGCAGGACGAGGAGUUCAAGCCCUUCAUCCGCCGCCUUCCCGAGUUCAAGUUCUGGUACUGGGCCACCCGCGCCAUCGCCAUCGCCUUCUUCUGCAGUUGGUGGGAGAUCUUCAAUGUUCCCGUCUUCUGGCCUGUCCUGGUCAUGUACUGGUUCAUCCUCUUCUUCCUGACGAUGCGCAAGCAGAUCCAGCACAUGAUCAAGUACCGCUACGUUCCCUUCACCUUUGGCAAGAAGAACUACGCCAAAAACAGCUCCUAA